UUGAGAAAGGGAACCAGCAGCGGCCUAAGGGGUGCGGUAGUACAGGGACAGCCUGGAACCUGGUGUAUGGCCACGGAGGUACAGCAUCCAGACUCCAUGCCCUGUCACAACCAGCAAGUAAACUCUGCCUCAACCCCAAGUCCCGAGCUGCUGCGACCUGGAGACCCGAUCCCGGAUUGUACCGGGGAAAAUAGCGCUGCCGCGGCUAAACUGACUCUCCUCACUGGGCACGCCCAUUGUAGCGUGCCUGCUGAGUGUGAUUCUCAGGCCUGUGGCACCACGAACCUUAACUCUGAGAGCACCAGCGACAUUUGUAACAGUAGCAACUAUGACGCACCUGCUGGCGACACCCUUCUAGGGGACUGCGAACUCUCCCGACAGAUAGGGUCGCAGCUGAAACUUCUGCCUAUGAAUGAUCAGAUCCGAGAGUUGCAGACCAUCAUCCGGGACAAGACAGCCAGUAGAGGGGACUUCAUGUUUUCUGCGGAUCGCUUGAUCAGACUUGUUGUAGAAGAGGGAUUGAAUCAGCUGCCAUAUAAAGAAUGCAUGGUGACAACUCCAACAGGGUACAAGUAUGAAGGAGUAAAAUUUGAGAAGGGAAAUUGUGGAGUCAGCAUAAUGAGAAGCGGUGAGGCAAUGGAACAAGGCUUAAGAGAUUGCUGUCGAUCCAUACGAAUUGGAAAGAUCCUGAUUCAGAGUGAUGAGGAGACACAAAGAGCCAAAGUCUAUUAUGCCAAGUUCCCCCCAGACAUUUAUCGGAGGAAAGUUCUUCUGAUGUAUCCAAUUCUCAGUGAGUGGCUUGAAUUUAGUUUAUAA